GUUUGAUGUGAGGAUGUGUGUGUGCAGAAGUGUGUGUGUCGAUGCACGUUAAUAAAGGAUCUAAUGACUUUGGUCUGCUGACGCCCUGAACACCCCCGAAUGGGCCCCAACAUUCAAGUGCAUCAUGGGCUCCAGGAUAAAAGAAAACCCUGAAAAAACAUUCUACUGGUUCUUUCAAGCCUCAUGUCCAAUCGCCAGAGAUAAAGAUCCUGAUGUGCUGUUUCACUUCCCGGAAGACUUUAAUGAUGAGGAGUCUCUUCAGUCCUUGCCGCGCUUCUGCUUCCCUUAUGACAUAGAGAGGGUGAAGGACACUGUCGCCGUGCAGCACUUCACAUUCGUCCUGACCGAUCUGGAAGGAUGCCAGCGCUUCGGUUUCUGCAGACUCACGUCCAGCUCUCAGACCUGCUUGUGCAUCCUCAGUUAUUUGCCCUGGUUUGAGGUCUUCUACAAACUUCUGAAUAAUCUAGCCGACUACUCAACGAAAGGACAGACCAACGAGGUGAAGGAGCUGCUCUCGGUCCUCUACAAGCACCCCGUGCCUCCGGCCAAUGGCUCCAUCACACUGCAGAUGGGAGGGAAGCUAAUGAUUGGAAGCCAUAUGCCUGGCAUCUGUGGACACGCCCCUAAAGGGGAGGAGUCAGAGGGGAUCCCGUACUUCAUCGCGCCAGAUCCCAAAGCCCUGCCCUCUAUUCCAGAGAGUAGGAACCUGACGGAGCUGGUGGUGGCAGUGGAUGUGGGAAACCUGUUGCAGCUCUACGCCAGCAUGCUGUUUGAGAGACGGAUCCUCAUUUACUGCAGCAAACUCAGCACUCUGACGGCCUGCAUACACGCGUGUAACGGGAUGCUGUACCCCAUGUACUGGCAGCACAUCUUCAUCCCAGUGCUGCCUCCUCAUCUGCUGGACUACUGCUGCGCACCGAUGCCAUACCUCAUUGGAAUUCACUCAAGCCUGGCAGAGAGAGUGAGGAGUCGAGCUCUGGAGGACGUGGUCAUACUGAACGUGGACACCAACACCCUGGAGUCGCCCUACGAGGACCUGAAAAAGAUCCCGGCCGACGUGGUGGCAGGACUGAAGGUCAGGCUGAAGAGACAGGCGGCGUCGGCCGGGUCAGGGGUCGCGCACGCUUUCCUCCGAGCCCAGGCUCUGCUGUUCGGAGGAUACAGGGAUGCCUUACAGUCGCCUGAUGAAGGGCCGGUGGUCUUCUGCAAUGAGCUGUUUCUCGGUCACAAGUCUCAAAGCAUGCGGGAGUUUCUGGAGAGCGCGGUUCACCUGCAGUGUUUCAAAGAGUUUAUUGAUGGCCGGCUGACAAUGCUGGACCAGGGCAAAGAGCCGGAUGAUGUGUUUGAGGAAGAGGUGCUUCAGUGUGGUGCUUCAUCUGGUGGCUCUAAACUGCGACGGCAAUGGGUGGGAAAUUUAAAGAAAGGGGGUGGAGCUCUGAUUGUGACAUGGAAGACUACAGCGAACAAAGCAACCAAAUAUCACAGCAAAUUUGGGCUGAAAAACCUCCUGUCAUCAAAGGACCAAAGUGAACCUCAUAUGCUACAGAGAGGCGGGUCUGUGUGUGGAACGCACACGUAUCGCCUCAUCCAAUCAGACUGCCUUCAGAAUCGUCUACCAAUCACACAGCACUUUGGCAGGUCUCGACCACGCCGGCCGACACGCAAGCAGGGCACCAGCAGCCACCAGGGCUAUGAACAACAGACAGAGGAUGACAACACCACCUAUGAGGACAGUGUAACAGAAAGUCUCGAGCAGUGCUCUGGCACCAGCGACUUACAGGAAGAUGAUGAUCUCUCUCUCUUGGCCGACCCGGAGGAGAUGGAUCUGCUCGGUGAGAUCUUUGACACGCUGAGCGCUCAGAGCUCCAGAGAGCCGGGUUUACUCUACGGCACACGCAGCCUCGACCUCUUCAGCUCCGACAGCAGUGAAUUCAUCUCACAUAAGAGUCUGACCAACCCAAGUCAGGAGAGUCUAAGUCCCUCUUUUGGAAACAGCGGAAGUCUCAUGAGCUGCGAGGAGGAGCUAGAGGAGGGGCCUGGUGGUGAGGGGGAGGAGCCUGAUGUCCUGAUUGACGGGCCAGAAAAUGAGCUUAACCAAUUAGAGAAGGACUUGACCGAGUUAGGGGAAAAUCUGUGUUCAGAUCUACAAAUUCUAGAGGAUGCUUCUCUGGAUCCCAAAGUGGGUUCUCAGGAGCAACAAAAGGACAGUUGGUCGAAAAAUGAUGGACAAAUGAACGGAACAAUGGAGGAAAGCUUGGAAACCGAGACAGUAGUUACAGAGAGGACAGAGAUGCAACCUGACAAAGAAGAACUUCAGAAAGAGCAUAAGACGACAAAUGACUUGGGCCCAAACGGACCAACAAAUGAAGGAAUUACCUCCGCUGUUUCUCACAAUGUAAAGAUAGACAAAAGAGAAGAGCUAGAUAAGAAGAGCAUUGAACCUCUAUCACCA